UGUUAUUGAAGCGUAGCUCCUUUAAAUGAGAGGGGAAAUGUUGACACGGCCGGGGAGUUGAUGAAGUUGGACAAAUAAGGAUUUUAAUUCCUCUGUGAGCUACAUAGAAAAGACACGCAUAAAGAAAUGUCAGCGGCUCAUGAGCAGAUCAGGAAGCGCCGCCCACCCAAAAUGUUUUUGAUCUCGACCGACAUGAAGGUCCAGGACCAGCUGGAAGGUACCAUUGUGCUGAAGCGGGGGUUCAUCUGCCAGGAGCAAGAUUCUGGCAAGAACAGAGGCGACUCUCCGUGGGUCAAGGUGAUAGACAACGACUUAAUGUUGAAAAUAGAGAGGAAGUACCUGCUGGAAGUCCCGACUGACCUCACCGGCCUGUUGGAGCCUGUAUUUGACCUGGAGGCUCGCCUAAAACUUCUAAACAAUCCCGGGAAGCUGCAGCAUUUGGCCACGCUGCCCGUCGACUCUCCGCUGUGGGUCCAAAUAGGCUCGCAGGACAAGCUGGCAGAGGCGGAUCUUAAAUACAUCGGGCCGCUGACCAGGGGCGGCAGCGCGGUGAUUUUUGGGGUACAGCUCAAGGGUUCAGCAGUAGGUAAAGGAAUAAGCAGCGGCUCCUAUAAAGGCCACCGGCUCUUCACCUGCCCCGAGGCCUGCGCCCUCUUCCUGCCGGUCAGCCGCAUCCAGCUCCGCCACUGGUCUCGAGACCACCAACUCCACCAGCAACAUCACCACCGCAGCAGCAGCGGUGCCAAUCAUAACCCGCCCAGCAACGGGCAGCAGCACAGUCGUCACAUUAGCUUCCACUCUCAUCGUCCCAGCAGCCCUCCUCAGCUGCAGUCUCUGGGCAUCCUCUCUCGAACGGCGGACUCGGCGCCCCUCGCCGCUCAAAACCAGGUUCAGGUCCGAGGUCCUGCAUCGCCUCCGCAGCUCCACGUAGGCCAGCGGGUGUGCUUCCCUCUGGAGAACUCAGUCUAUGGAGGGGAGGUGCGCUUCUGUGGCCUCCUGCCUGGCCGGUCCUCCUCGGGGACGUACGUCGGAGUCCUGCUGGACGCUCCUCUUGGUAACUGGGACGGCCAUCAUAAGGGAGAGAAGCUCUGCCACAUUCCUUCCCCUCUCUAUGGACUCAUUCUGCCCGUCACCAUGGUGUCCUCAGAGCCGAAAUCCCACCGUGACAAACCUCCUCUCCAGAUGAGCAAAUCCAUCCAGAAGCCAUCUCCGGCCCCCGUCACCAAACCGGGCCCUUCGUCACUGUCGGCCUCCGCUCCCAGAGUCGCCCUGAUGCCGCCCGGCAAACACGUGCUCAGACCUCCCCCGCUGCCUCCAUCCAAACCCUCCCUCAGGGCCCUGCCUCCUGCCCCUCUCCCGCCUCCCAAACCCCGCAGCCCGACGUCGCCGACCACCAAUGGCGUGCACGGCCCGCCUUCUCCGCUGAGGUCUCCCGACAGCAGCGACGCCGCCGCAGAGGAGGGCGAGGAGGCGGGACCGGAGGGCAAGCUGGAGGUGGGGUCGAUGGUCGAAGUGAACGACCCGCCGCUUUUCGGGGUUAUCCGCUGGAUCGGACAGAUCGGCGGGAUUUUGGAGCCGGUGGCAGGAAUUGAGCUGGACCAGGAGCUGUCUGCAGGAACAGACGGCAGUUACCUCGGCGAGCGCCACUUCCGCUGCCCGGCCAACAAGGGGCUGUUCGUCAAGCUUCGCAACUGCAGACGGGACUCCCGGUUUCCCGCCCCUGAGAUGCCUGUCAAUCAAGUGGAGCGAUGCAACUCCAUAGCCUUUGCAGACUGGGGCAGCGAGCGCGUGGAGGAGCACACCCCCCCAUCGGACGGGGACGAGGCCGCGGACCUCUACCAGGGCUGGAAGAAAGGCAUCCAGGGCCACCUCAACUCAUGCUACCUGGACGCUACGCUCUUCAGUCUGUUCUCCUGCUGCAGUUCAGCAGACUGGGUGUUAUUUUGGCCGUCUGACUCUGAAAACGACCAGGACUCCCGUCAGGCUCAGGACCUGCUGCGCUGUGAGAUAGUCAACCCUCUGAGAAGGUACGGCUACGUGUGUGCCAGUAAGACCAUGGCCCUGAGACGACUGCUGGAUGCUGUGAACAGCGACACGGGCUUCACCAACCAGGAGAAAGAUCCCGAAGAGUUCCUCAACAAGCUUUUCCAGCUCCUCCAAGUCGAGCCGCUCCUCAAGAUCAGAUCGAUGACUCGGCAGCCUCAGGAGGGCCACCUCUACCAGCUCUUCCCCCCUACACUCCCUCCCUCUCCCUGCUCGCCCUUACCCCUCUCCCCGGUUGGCUCCCCCAUCCCUCUCACCUUGCCAUUGCCCAGUCGGAUGCGGGUCGCCAGUGUCCAGGCGCUGCUGGAGUCCUCCUUCCUCCACGCCGGCCUCAAGUUUGUCGAGGCCCCCUCCUGCCUCCUGCUGCUCAUGCCUCGGUUUGGGAAGGACUUCAAAAUGUUUGACGCCAUCUUGCCCACCCUCAGCCUGGACAUCACAGACCUGCUGGACGACACUCUGAGACAGUGCAGUAUCUGUCAGGCGGUAGCUGAGUGGGAGUGUCUCCAGUGUCACGACGACCCCGACAUCACUCCCGGUCAUCUCAAACAGUACUGCCAGACAUGCAACACACAGGUCCACAGUCACAGGAAGCGGGCGUCCCACGGUCCCGUGAACAUCGCCGUCCCCGGGGGCCCGUGGUCCGGCCCUCUGCUCUGCACCCGCCAGCGGAUGUCCCUCUUCGCCGUGACGUGCAUCGAGACCAGCCACUACGUGAGCUUCGUCAAGCACGGACCCUGCCCCGCCGACUGGCUGUUUUUCGACAGCAUGGCGGACCGGGAAGGUGGAGAGAACGGCUUCAACAUCCCCCACGUGAAGGCGUGUCCGGAGGUGGGCCGCUACCUCAGCCUGUCGGAGGACGAGCUGAGCAGAGUCGACUCCGCCUCCUUGCGGGAGUCCGUUCGCCGCCUGCUCUGUGACUCCUACAUGUGUCUGUACCACAGCCCCGAGCUCAGCCUGUACAAGUGACGCACACACACUGUAAAACUGAUGCAAACAUGUUGUCCUCAGGUUGAUCUAACUGUUAGAUGACGUCCAAAAUAUUAGCUUAUGAGUGAUGAUAAUCAGAGCCCCUGUUACUCUAUCCAGUAUAACAUGAAGCGUUUCAUUACAACUCUUAGGUUGUUCACACUUUGCAGUAAAACACAUUUCUAGCCUCAGUUUGUGUCUCCAAUUUUCUGAAAAUUAAACGACCAGUGACUCUAGUUUCUAAUCCGAACAAUGAUAAUAUGAUUUGUACAACAUAAACUGAACUUCAGGAAUUUUACUGUCACUUACAUUUGCUUAUAAUGAUGUUACUUUGUAUUAUUUUGUGUUUUCAAACAUGACAACGUGUCGUACAAAAAGAGAAAGGAGGUAUGUGAUUCCUGGCUUGCUGGAUAGGAAACAGUUGUAACUUAAGAAGCGGGAUACAAAUGAAUUAAAAUGAAGCAGCAGAUGGAAUAUUUGUUCUCCCAGAUGUGUAGUCUACAAUGAAACAAUCUGCUACUUUUACAUGAGAGCAGCCGUAUGAUCCAAUGUGCCUGAUGAACACACAGCCGGUAGUUUGUUGGUGGUUUGAACACUCGUCAUGAGCAUGAUGGUCGAUUACUCGUGUCGGGUGGCUGUACUGGUCUUUAGAGUUUACCUGUGCCUUAAUAACGCUCAGAACCACUGUGCCUGUAACAUGUGACACACUUUACACUUUCAAUUUUGCACUGCUUCGUUUACAUGUCAGUAUGUGUGUGUAUAUAAUAGCAUUGCCUUAAACUGACUGUGAAGAUUGCACUCGGAUGUUUGAACUUUUGUAUUGCUUACGGGUUGUUUGAUACAAUGCAGCUGCAAAUAAAUGCUUUGAUACUA